AUGGAGGAGAAGUACGGUCUUGUUUUCCCCCUCAGAACGUCUCCUCGCUCCUUCAAUCAACAUCUUUCAGGCCAAGGACAAUGCGUCUCCGAAGCCGGGCAACCAGACUGGUACAACCGCAACCUCAACACCGUCCGCGCAAUCUACGACCUGACCGUCUACCCCAACAACAUCCCCAUCCUGAUGGCGGGUGGGAGUGCGGUUCCCCCGGGCUUGUUCGCGGAGCAUGCUACGGGACGGGUCUCCCCCGUGGGUGAUUUUGAGGAUUUUGAGGAUUCGAUUGAGUACUUCUUUGCGCUCGCUCCGACGCCUUUCACCAAUAAUGCAAGCACGGCAUUCUACGACUCGCAGGUUGUGGAUUUCGUCUCGGGAUGUGCGAAUGUUGCUGCUUCAUUGGUUUACUUCCGCACUGGCUCCGUCAACCCCCUGACAGGAGAGCUGGAUCAAUCAAAGCCAGUCUCAACCCUCUCACAGGUCGCCUUCUGGCGCUUCGACCACCGCGGCGCCGUCGAAAAAUACCAAGCCUGGGUCCCCAACCUGCAAGCCUGGACCCGCGCUUCCUCGGGAAUCGACUACAGCAGCAUGCAAGUCCAAGCCGCCGCUGCGCAGGGUCUCUGCCCGGUCAUCCAGCAACGCUGCACGGGCAAAGACCAGCAAUACGCCUCGGUCGAAGACUGCGCGGCGCAACUCGGCGCCAAACCUUUCGGUAACUUCGACGAGGCCUGGGGCGAUAAUGUCGCCUGCCGGACCAUCCAUAUCAUCCUCACGAUGGUGCGUCCGGAUGUGCAUUGUCCGCACGUGGGGCCUACGGGCGGAGGGAAGUGUGUGGAUAUUGAUUAUAGCACGGAUUACUUUGACGAUGAGAGGUUGUUCAAGGCGCCGCUGGGGAGCGUGUUCACAUGUUCGGGCCCGCUGCAGCCGGAUAAUCAGGUCGGUGCUGGGCCUGGGGCGGCGCAGAUUUUUCAGGGGCUGGCGCAGGCGGCGCAGAGUGGGAUGCUGCCGGGGAUGCCGGGGAUGGUGGGCGCGGGAGGGGCGCAGCAGCAGCAGCAGCAACAACAACAAGGCCAACAACAGCAACCCCCCUGCCCCGAAUCCGGCACCCCCGCGAACCCAGCCGCCCAAGCAGCCGCGGACGCCAUGAACGGCCACCAAAUGUCUGGAGGAGCCUGUCCAGCGAACGGAAUGGGUCAUUCAGGCACGCCGGCGAACCCUGCCGCUCAGGCUGCUGCUGAUGCCAUGGCUGCUCGUCCUCACACUGGUGCGGGUAUGGCGCCAGGUCCUCGACCCCAGGCGUUCGGAGAGGGUGCGAUGCCUGCUGGCGCUGGUGCUGGGGCUGGUGCUGCUAGUGAGCGGAAUGCAGCUCCUGGACCGAAGGCGUACGGUGCCGCCGAGCCGCCUCGUUAUGAGAAGUGGAAGGCUUAG